AGACAGCUGUAAACACAGUCUGCCAAAACACCUCACGAUGGUGCGACGUACAGGUUUGAAGGGCGGUUUCUCGAAGAACGGUGCUGUUGUGAUUAUCUUUAUAUUGGUCAGUAUUGACCACAGGCCGAAGGCUGAAGUCCAGGAACGAGGUUCCAUUUAUUUGAAAAAUAACGGAUACAGACAAAUCCUUAUCGCCAUUAGUGACAAUGUUCCCGAGGACACCUCUCUGCUAGACAGAAUCCAAGACGUCUUCACCAAAGCAUCGGCAUUUCUUUAUGAAAUAACCAAAAAACGUGCUUUUCUCGAAGAGAUUAUUGUGUUAAUACCCAAGGGGUGGUCAAAUAAACCAAAUUAUGUCCCUGCGACUAAUCAAACCAUAUACGUAAGCGACAUCGCUGUACGUCCCCUGAAGCCAGAACAGGGAGACAAGCCGGUCGUAUUCCGAGGAACUCCUUGCGGGAAACGUGGACUCUACAUGCAGCUUACACCCGAGUACCUGAUGAAUCGCACCAUAGCCGGACAAUACGGCACAUACGAAAAGGUUAUUGUCCACGAGUGGGCUCAUUUACGGUACGGUGUGUUUGACGAGUACCCGGGUGAGUUUCCGAAAUUUUAUGCUGCUGAGAACGGCGAAAUAGAGGGGACAAGAUGUUCCAAGGCUCUGACAGAAAAUGAGGAGUGUGACUUCCAGAGUGGUUUGCCAACGGAUUCCUGUCAGUUCCAAGACGACCAAAAGGUCUCUGGCAAGUACGGCUCACUGAUGUACAGCCAUAAGCUAGAUCACGUGAUCUGGUUUUGUGACAACGACACAAACUCUCCCAACACUUUACACAAUCGCCAGGCUCCCAAUGCACAAAACCAGAAUUGUGACGGAAAGAGCGUUUGGGAGGUUCUAAGGGGCCAUGAAGAUUUUGCCGAGGGCGCAAAUCCACCACGUGAAGUUCAAAGCACGGUGCCGAAGUUUCGAUUCGUCAAGCACAGGAGCAAACGGACAGUGAUUGUUCUGGAUACCUCUGGUAGUAUGGUAGGAAACAAGCUGCUGAAACUGGGACAGGCUGUUACGAUUUAUAUCCAGAACGUGGCUGCAGAUGGAGAUAUUAUUGGAAUGGUAUGGUUUAACAGCACUGCUAUCAUCAAGUCGUAUCUAACAGAGGUGAAAAUCUCUACACGUAAAGGGUUCCUGAAUUUCAUCCCAAGGAGAGCAAAUGGGGGCACAAGUAUAGGAGAUGGUUUGAAGAAGGCCAUAGAGGUGUUGUCAAGCGGAGAAGAGAAUCCGGCAGGGGGCGUCAUAUUGUUAGUGACGGACGGCCAGGACGGCUCUCCGUAUGUGACUCAGGUCAAAAAUCAGGCUAUCUCCAAACACAUUAUUAUUGACGCGAUCGCCGUUACGGAAAAGGCGGAUAAAAGGAUUGAAGAGCUGGUGGAAGACACGUCAGGUUCUAUUUAUUACUUUUCCAACAGAGUAGGUUUCAACGCCUUAAAUGAAGCCUUAAUUACCAUAGGACAACGGGGAACAGAGGCUCGCAACAGGCCAAUACUCUUGUUGAGUAAUUCGGUCACAAUCAUGGGAAACCACUCUUACGAGGACACUGUCAUCAUCGAUUCAUCCAUCGGAAGGAAGACAGAGUUUCUGAUUGGUCACUCUUCGCACGAUAUCACCAUCGAGGUGACGACACCAUCUGGCCGUAAAAUAUCCCGCAAUGAUUCCGAAUAUAUCACAGAUACUGUAUUCAGCUUGACCCAGAUACAAAUUCCCGGAAUGGCAGAAAAAGGCGAUUGGAAAUUGAGCGUCGGAAACCCGAAUUCAAUGGAACAGUCUGUUACAAUAACUGUGAUAUCAGGCACCGCAGAUCGGAGUGACCCAAUUCUAACCUCGGCAGCAUGGACUAAGAGAACUGUCCAAUUUCCAUAUGAGCAUCAGAUACUAUACGUCAGUGUGUCCAAAGGACUGUCCCCUGUGCUGUACGCUGAUGUGGUGGCCACAUUGGAAAGACCCAAUAAUUCAAACGGAACAGCCUCCAAUUUAAAGCUGCCCGUCAAAGAUAAUGGAGCUGGUGGCGACGUAGCGAAGGAUGAUGGCAUUUACACUACAUAUGUGACCUACUUCAGUGAGAAUGGGCGAUACAAUGUAAAAGUCAAAGUAACUGCUUCGCCGGAGACUGUUGUUGUGAAAAACAAGAUCGUCGGUACAGGUGGAAGCGGAGCGGCCGGGAGAAAGCGAGAUCGAAGAGAGACCGGAUACAUACAACGGACGGAAGAAUUUCAGCGCGUGACGUCAGCAGGGUCCUUUAAGCUACAGAACUUUACAGAAGGCAUUGACGCUUUUCCGCCUGGAAAGGUGACCGACUUACGGGUGACGGUGGAUGAUGGUGCGGAGGAAAUGACGCUCAGCUGGACGGCUACAGGGGCAGAUCUAGAUCAGGGGACAGUAUCUUCUUACGUGUUGUGGAAAUCCAAAGAUUUUGACACAAUCUACUCUAAUCAUUGGAAUGCCACAAAGGUACAAGUUAACAUAACACCACAGGCUGCUGGCAAGGAAGAGAACUACACCAUACGUGUCGAGGAAACAGGUAUGCUAAGCCCCUAAUAACAUAAUAUAGUAAAUUUUU